AGAGAUCUCACAGAAUGAUGCCUUGGAGGUCAUAGAAGAAAAUGUGUUUUCCAAUCUUCCCAAACUACAUGAAAUAAGAAUUGAGAAGGCCAACAACCUCGUGUACAUUGAUCAGGAUGCCUUCCAAGACCUUCCGAGCCUCAGAUAUUUGUUAAUAUCAAAUACUGGCAUUGAUGAUAAAGUGGCCCAAAAGGUCUCAGCUCUCUUUAGAGAUAUUCAAGACAAUAUCAAUAUACGUACAAUCGAAAGAAAUUCAUUCACGGGCCUGAGUUCUGAAAGUGUGAUUCUAUGGCUGAAUAAAAAUGGGAUUCAGGAAAUUGAGAAUCAUGCAUUUAAUGGAACCUACGUGGAUGAGCUAAAUCUAAGCGAUAAUCACAACCUAGAAAAAUUACCGAAUGAGGUCUUCCAAGGAGCCAAUGGGCCCAUUGUUUUGGAUAUUUCAAGGACGAGAAUCAGUUUCCUGCCAAGUCAUGGAUUAGAACUCAUUAAGAAGCUAAGAGCAAGGUCUACAUACAAUUUAAAAAAGCUUCCUGAUUUAAGCAAAUUUAGAUCUUUGAUUGAGGCAAACUUCACAUAUCCUAGCCAUUGCUGUGCAUUUGCAAACUGGAAAAGACAAAACACUGAAUUACAUCCAAUAUGUAGCAUAUCUCAGGCCAAGCAAGACCUCAAUGAACAGCCUGGCAAUAAGAUACAUACGCGAUCUGCAGCUGAAGAUUUUAUUUCCCUCUACGGCAUAGGACUUGAGCCAGCAGAGAAUGAAUUUGACUAUGGUUUAUGCAAUGAAGUAGUUAACGUAGCUUGCUCACCUAAACCUGAUGCUUUCAAUCCAUGUGAAGAUAUCAUGGGAUACAACAUUCUGAGAGUCCUGAUAUGGUUUAUCAACAUUUUAGCUAUCACUGGGAACAUUGUUGUCCUCAUUAUUUUAAUAAGCAGUCAAUACAAACUCACCGUACCUCGUUUUCUAAUGUGCAAUCUUGCAUUCGCAGACCUCUGCAUAGGUAUCUAUCUGCUGUUUAUUGCAUCUGUGGAUAUUCAGACCAAAAGCCAGUAUUACAACUAUGCCAUAGACUGGCAAACUGGGGCAGGAUGCAAUGCUGCAGGAUUUUUUACAGUGUUUGCAAGUGAACUCUCAGUCUACACGCUGACUGUCAUAACUCUGGAAAGGUGGCACACCAUCACCUACGCCAUGCAACUGGACCGCAAGGUUCGAUUUCAUCAUGCUGUGAUUAUAAUGAUUUUUGGCUGGAUGUUUGCUUUCACGGUGGCAAUUCUUCCCAUAUUUGGAGUCAGCAGCUACAUGAAGGUCAGCAUCUGUUUGCCCAUGGAUAUAGAAACAUCAUUUUCCCAGGCUUACGUUAUAUUUAUUUUAGUGUUGAACGUACUCGCAUUUGUGAUCAUAUGUGCCUGCUACAUCUGCAUCUACUUUACUGUGAGAAACCCUAAUGUCAUCUCUUCUAACAGUGACACCAAGAUUGCCAAGCGCAUGGCCAUACUGAUCUUCACGGACUUCCUCUGCAUGGCACCAAUAUCUUUUUUUGCAAUAUCAGCCUCACUCAAGGUUCCUCUCAUUACAGUGUCCAAAUCGAAGAUCCUUCUGGUUUUGUUUUACCCCAUCAAUUCCUGUGCUAACCCAUUCCUCUAUGCCAUUUUCACAAAGACUUUCCGCAGGGAUUUCUUCGUUCUGUUGAGCAAGUUUGGUUGCUGUGAAAUGCAAGCCCAGAUGUACAGAACAGAGACCUCCUCAUCUGCUCAUAAUUUCCACACGAGAAAUGGCCCUUCCUCUCCUGCAUCAAAAAACAGUGAUGGGACUAUUUAUUCAUUGGUUCCUCUGAAUCACUUGAACUGA